AAAGAAAAACGCCGUGUGAGUGCACGAAAGAAGUAAGCCGAUGGAAAAGCUGAGCUUUUUCACCGAGUUCUGUGUUGGAACGAGACGCGACGAGGCACUUUGAAGCAGAUGAGAACGGGGCAAAGGUCGUGUCGGCGCGCGUGUACAGACUGAGUGAGUGAAGAUGCUCCUGGACGCCGGACCCCAGUACCCCGCCAUAGGAGUCACUACUUUCGGCUCCACGCGGCACCACUCAACAGGCGAGGUGACGGAGCGGGAGGUGGCGCUGGGCAUCAACCCGUUCGCGGACGGCAUGGGCGCCUUCAAGAUCAACCACGGCUCCCACGAGCAGACGGCGUUCUCGUCGCAAGCACCCGGCUACGCCGCGGCGGCCGCCCUGGGUCACCACCACCAUCAUCACCACCACCACCCGGGCCACGUCGGCUCCUACUCCACGGCGGCAUUCAACUCCACGCGGGACUUUCUGUUCAGGAACCGUGGCUUCGGGGAGGCUGCGGGCGCCCAGCACAGCCUCUUCGCCUCGGCCGCGGGCAGCUUUGCAGCGGGGCCCCACGGACACUCGGAGGCGGCGGGCCACCUGCUUUUCCCCGGCCUCCACGAACAGGCUGCGGGCCACGCAUCCUCCAACGUGGUCAACAGCCAGAUGCGCCUGGGCUUCACCGGGGACAUGUACGGCCGCGCGGCCGAGCAGUACGGCCACGUCACGAGUCCGCGCUCCGACUACGCGUCCACGCAGUUGCACGGCUACGGCCCCAUGAACAUGAACAUGGCCGCGCACCACGGCGCCGGGGCCUUCUUCCGCUACAUGCGACAGCCCAUCAAGCAGGAGCUCAUCUGCAAGUGGAUCGAGCCCGAGCAGCUGGCCAGCCCCAAGAAGUCGUGCAACAAGACGUUCAGCACCAUGCACGAGCUGGUCACCCACCUGACCGUGGAGCACGUGGGGGGGCCCGAGCAGACCAACCACAUCUGCUUCUGGGAGGAGUGCUCCCGGGAGGGCAAGCCCUUCAAGGCCAAGUACAAGCUGGUCAAUCACAUCCGCGUGCACACGGGGGAGAAGCCUUUCCCGUGCCCCUUUCCCGGCUGCGGAAAAGUCUUCGCUCGCUCAGAAAACCUCAAAAUACACAAAAGGACGCACACAGGUGAGAAGCCCUUCAAGUGCGAGUUCGACGGCUGCGACCGGCGCUUCGCCAACAGCAGCGACCGCAAGAAACACAUGCAUGUGCACACGUCGGACAAGCCCUACUUGUGCAAAAUGUGCGACAAGUCCUACACGCACCCCAGCUCCCUCCGCAAACACAUGAAGGUCCACGAGUCGAGCAACCCGGGGUCGCAGCCGUCUCCCGCCGCCAGCUCGGGAUACGAAUCAUCCACGCCCCCCACCAUCGUGUCCCCGGCUGCGGAGAACCAGAGCAGCGGCAGCUCCAUAUCGCCCACGGCCCCAGGUGGUGUACAGCACCACACGACGACGACGACGACGGGCAGCCACAGCAGCGCGCUCACGUCAAAUUUCAAUGAAUGGUACGUGUAAAAAAAAAAAAAAAAAAAAAAAAGUAUUUUGAGGGGGACGGGUGGGAUUAAAAAAAUGGAAAAGGAUGAUUUUUUUUGUUGUUGUUUUUUUUGAGGGGGGGUACUGCAGAGACUUUUUUUUAGGAGCGAGGACUGAAAGAAUGCAUGGACCAAAAAAAGGAAAAUAAGGAGCCAACUUUUCUUUAUUUUUACCGAAGGACUGCUCCAAUAAUUGCAAAGAGGGAACGAGGGGGAAUUGUUUUUGUACAUAUCACAACCAGGAUGGAAAGGAAAAAAAACAUGUAAUAUUUUAUUUUGUAAAUAUCAUAUUUGAGGGGGGAUUUGUGAAGAAAAAUGUGCUCCCUUGAUAUAUGGACAAUAGAAGCCACUGAAAAAGAAUGUUCUAGUCGUGUACCAAAUGUGAAUGAUCCCCAGUAUUACAACGUCGAGCUUAAGCGACUUCCUAUAGUAUUCAAUGUGCUUUCUUUCUUUCUGUUUUCCCAUCAUGUAUAGCCCACGGUGCAGCAUUCUCGUCCAAAAAGGUCCAGUUGGAGUAGCACACUUUUAAUCCUUGUUGUUAUUUAAGUGUCAUGUCGACGAAAUCGUCUCUAAUAGUGAAAAAAAGCCUGAACAAUUCCGUGUCAACCUGUUUAUUAUGUAUACGUGAUAAAUAUACACAAAAAGUUACCUGUGUUGUCUGAAAGGAAGUAUUAUUAUUAUUAUUAUUAUUAUACAUGUAUAACUAGCUCAAUUUUCCAUAUUUAUCCGCAUGUUUUUAGAAGUGGUCGGUAUUUAUGGAGAAAUGCGCUCGUAUGUCAAAUUUAGUUUCGAUUCAACAACAAAAAAUGUUUGGAUACAUUUUCGUACUAUAUUCAACGAUUAAAAAAAUGCAAAUGCAAAAAAUGCGUUGGGCUUGAUUUAAAGCAAAGAUUUUUGGGAGACACUAAAGUGAAAAUUUGGAUUUGAAAAAAAAAAACGAAUUAAUAAUUUUUUUUAAAAAAUCAAAUGGGAAAUUUUAAAAGCCACUUGCCCUUUCGGUGAUUUCAGGUAAACGUGCAAGAUCGUGCAAUUGACAGCCAGGUUUUGUGUGAAUGCAACUUUACUGACAGUCAAUAACAAGAAUUCUCUCUACACACACACAUCCAAACUCACCCGCACUCACUCAUACCCCAGCACCCCCUUCUUUCUGUUUAUCCAAAUUAACAUCCAACACUUUUGCCCCGCAGUAAUGUGCAAAUUAAAUCGAUUAAUCACGCCGGUUGUUCCUCUUGUGUAUAUACACACAAAAAAAUAAGUUGGCCUUACUUAAUUGUUGGGGAAUCUCAUUUUGCAAUCUAAUUUAUUUCCGUUUGUGGGAUCGCUUGGAUUUAUAAGGGAGGAGGCAUAAGAAGGGGGGUGCAGCAGUGCAUGAAAAGCAUGAAAAGUGAACCCCACCCCACCCCGAGACCCCCUCUUUUUUUCAUUGUUUGUCUGCAGCUUGCUUGAGCGGCCCAUUAGGCAGCCAGAGAUCACGUCGUGAUCACCGUGCAUGUGUCAAGUCUUUGUCAGCACUGCACGGACACCCCAAAAAAAGGCAAAAAGCCAGUGAAGUUUUCUUUAUGAUGGUGGGGGGGACUAAAACACGAGAGAUUGUGUGUGGGGUUGAUGCAAAAAAUGAAAAGAACAUGGAGGAAAGGUUGUGUGCGUGUGUGUGGUGGAGCAAAUGCAUGCACCAUCUUGUUGGAAAUGUAUUGAAAUGUAUUCAUAUUUCCCUUUUCAUGGACUAUUACAUCCGGAGGAUGACGCGAAAAUGACUUUUUCGACUCUAUUUAACAAUGCUGUCGUCAGGCAGAGUCCAUUGCACUGUUGUUUUUUUUUUACACAAACAUACACACAUGCAGGGGAUGCAUUUAGUCAUACUAUAUGUGUGGUAUAGAUACACACACAUAUAUAUGUAAAGAUAAAUAUAGAUAGGGUUUGUAGUAGUGAGAGCUGCUUUUAAUAUUGUAUUCUGCUCACCAUAUUUGGUCACAUGAGAAGGACAAUUAAGUGCAACUAGCUCUCAGUGUGAGGCAACCCACUGCAAACAACA